AUGCCGCCCUCUCAGCUGAAGCAGUUGAAGGCUUCACUCCGAGAGAGUGGGGUCGUUGGUCCCCAACAAUCUAAAAAGCAGAAACGCCAAAAUGCGAAAUCUGGUGUUGGUGCGCAGAAUCGCAACCAGCGCAAUGCUGCAUUGCAAGCCAUUCGAGACCGGUUCAAUCCUUUUGAGAUCCGCCCAACUGCGACUAGGAGCAAGUUUGAGACCACUACACGCGAUGAUAAUUCUAAAAAGGCUACUGGGCGCCGUCCAGGUGUUACGAAGUCAUUGGGAGAAGAGAGGCGCCGCGCAACUCUUUUGCAGGAAAUGAACAGCCGUAACAAAGUCGGUGGUCUUGUCGAUCGCCGAUUUGGUGAAAACGAUCCGACCAUGACGCCCGAAGAACGAGCCGCCGAACGAUUCGCGAGAGAAAGCCAGAAGAAGAUGCGCAAGGAAUCGAUGUUCAACCUCGAAGAAGACGAAGAAGAGUUCCAAUUGACGCAUAUGGGUCAGUCCUUGACUUUGGAUGGUACGAUCGUGGAUGGUAUGACGGUAGACGACUUUGAUGCCGGUGAUUUGGAGGGUGCCGAGUCCGACGAAGAAGCCUCACGGAAACGGAAACGCUUCGGUGAGGAUGAUGAAGAUGCGGAAGACUUUAUCGAUUUUGGAGAGGAUGGCGAGGAUCAACCAGAACGCAAGAAGUCCAAGGCCGAAGUUAUGAAGGAAGUCAUCGCCAAGUCCAAGUUCCACAAGGCUGAGCGACAGAAGGCCAAGGAGGAUGACGACGAUCUUCGCGACGAACUCGACCAAGAGCUGCCAGAUCUCUUCGAGGCCUUGCGUGGCAUGAAGGCACCAGCUAAACCGGAGCCGGUUAAGCAAGAUUUGGACACCAUGAACCCAGAGCGCGCAGCCAUGCUCCAAAUCCCGGAAGGCAAGGACACAGAGAAGGAAUACGAUCAACGCCUCAAACAAUUGACUUUCGACAAGCGGUCACAACCCACGGACCGCACAAAGACGGAGGAGGAGAAGGUAGAAGAGGAGGCUAAACGGUUGAAGAAGUUGGAGGAAGACCGACAGCGCAGAAUGCGCGGUGAGCAGCUUAGCGACGAGGAGGAAGAGGAAAGCGACAAGGACUCUUUCUUCCAGGGCGAUGAAGAUGAUGAGGAGUCUGAAGUUGACGAUGCGGCUGCUUUUGGACUUCACACGACUUCCUACGAGCCCCGGCCCGAACUCGCCGUUGAGGACGAGGAUGAUUUCGUCAUUGACGAUGACCUUGUUGAGACGCGAUCAAAUGUUAGUCUGUCUUUGGACGGAAGUGACAUCGAAGAGGAGGAGCUCUCAGACGAGGAUGAUGCCGAGGAAUCGGAGGAGGAAGACGAGCUUAUCAACGGAAUGACGUUACCCGCAGCAAGCAGUGCUGCUGCAUCAACAGCGGUGCAAGUCAAUCAGACCGCUGAUGGAAAAUUGGCCUUCACCUAUCCUUGCCCAGGUAAUCAUGAGGAGUUCCUUGAGAUUACCAAGGAUGUCCCUACCCAGGAUCUGCCGACUGUCAUUCAGCGCAUUCGUGCUUUGCACCACCCCCGUCUUCAUGCCGACAACAAGGCUAAGUUGGGCAGAUUUGCUGAGAUUCUUGUCGAGCAUGUUUCCUACAUGGCCAAUGAGAGCGAGGAGCCUUCCUUCGCUAUUAUUGAGAACAUCCUGCGUCACGUUCACUCGCUGGCCAAGACUCACCCCAUCAAUGUGGCCAUGGCCUUCCGUGCUCGUCUCCGCGAGAUCUCAGAGGAUCGGCCGCUCAGCCUUCUUCCUGGUGAUCUUGUUGUUCUGACUGGCGUUUCUACGGUCUUCCCAACAUCUGAUCACUUCCAUGCCGUUGCUACUCCCGCGCAUCUGUGCCUUGCUCGAUUCUUGGGCCAGUGUUCGCCCAACGGCACUUCUGACUUUGUGACUGGUGCCUUUGCCACAAGCUUGUGUCUUCAGUAUCAGACUAUUGCGAAGCGCUAUAUGCCCGAGUUCAUCAACUAUGUUCUUAAUGCUCUUUGCAACUUGGCUCCCACGGAGCUUACUGCUAGGAAUAUGUCUUUCCCCCUCAGAAAGUCCCAGCAAUCAGUCAAGCUUGCGCCGGUCAAGAAGGUCACACCGCGCAAACUGCGGUUCCGAGAUGUCUGUGCCACAACUUCCGAUUCUCAGGCUGAAGAAGACCUUAAGAUUUCUCUUGUCGCCGCCUUCGUCUCCCUCCUCGACACUGCUUCUGAUUUGUGGGCCGAAAAAUCCGCCUUCGUCGAGAUCUUCACCCCCGUCCGCGCUGUUCUGAACCACCUCCGCCAAUCCUUCAAGAGCAAGGUCUUUGCAGCCGCCCGAGACCCUCUCCAGUCCACUCUGGACAAGAUCGAUGCUCAUCUCGCCCGUGCCAGCCUUGCCCGCCGUCCACUGCUCCUUCACAACCACCGCCCCCUGGCCAUCAAGUCUGCCAUCCCCAAAUUCGAGGAGAACUUCAACCCGGACAAGCACUACGAUCCAGACCGCGAGCGUGCCGAGGCCAACCGCCUCAAGGCCGAGUACAAGCGCGAAAAGAAGGGUGCUAUGCGCGAGCUGCGCAAGGAUGCCAGCUUCGUUGCCCGCGAGAAGCUGCGCGAGAAGAAGGAGCGCGAUGCCGAGUACGAGAAGAAGUACAAGAGACUUAUUGCAGAGAUUCAAAGCGAGGAGGGUCGUGCGGCCAACGAGUACGAGCGAGAGAAGAGGGGACGCGCAGGCAAGCGGUAA